AUGCCUGUUGCCGGGGCCCGAGCCCUGCUGUCGGCGCAAUCCUCCUGUUGUCGCCGACUGCCCCGCGCCGUCUCCGCUGCUGCCGUCGCCGUUACCGGUUCCAGCUCCGCCACGAAUAACUCCUCCGGUUCCCUAUCCCGUCGCCAGCAUGCCUCUUCCGUAAGAGGCUUCCGCACCUCUGCGGCCUCCCUCAAAAACGACCCCGACUCGAACUCGAACUCAGUCGACGAUAAGAAGCCGAGCAGUAGUACCGCGACCGAAGACGACCACAAGACACAACGAGACAAGCCCGCAUCUUCUACCACCACUACCACCACCACCACCUCUCAAGAGGACGCCGACAAGAAGAAUGCUGCAGCAGAGUCAAAAGCCGCCGAAGAUGCCUACAAGGAAGCCCUUAGUCUCAAGGGAACCCGUGGACGCCAACGGCCCGGCAGGAUGAGCGGCCUCAACGGCAUCGAGAACACCGUCCACCCACAAGCCAACGGCAGCAGCAGCAGCAACAGCAGCACCCCAAGCACGCCCUGGGUGAAGCUCGACCCCUGGUUCAUCGAACAAAACGUGUCUCUCUACGAGGCGCGACCCAUCGGCGCACCGCAAACCCUGCUGUUCCCGCUCGAAGACGUCGACCGCGAGGCCGUGCUGGAGCUGCUGGAGAAGAAGUUCGACAAGGUCCAGGUGACAGAGGAGGACGUCAACUCGUGGACAAGCAUGCUGGACGAGCUAGUCCGGCUGCCCGAGGAGGAGCGCGACGCCGCCUUCGAGCAACUACCCGAGUCCGCCAGCCAGCUGCUCAAGAAGGCGCAUGCGGCGCACAACACGGCGUUUCUCCAGACCCUGGCUAUCGUCCACCAGACGGGCGCGAACCCGGAGCAUAUCGAGCUGUUGCGCAAGCAUCAUUCUUCUAGGGAGGACGAUAUUGUUCGGUUGCUGUGGUGGUCGGAUAAGCCGCUGUCUGGCGAGGCGCAGCGCUGGCUGGCCAACCUGCGAUGCGAGGCCCAGCCUGGCUCUGGCGCGCUACACGGUAGUCCCCUGGCCAGCAGGCCGGAUCCCGAGUAUCCUGUCAUGAUGGAGCUUCUGGCUGCUGUACGCGCCGAGCUGGUGGCGGAUGUGACGCAUGGGAGCAAGCCACCUGACUACCACCGGCUCACGACGGUGCUCUCGGUGGUGAACCGCAGGGGUCGUAGUGUUGCCAACCAUGUCAUUGAUGACAUUGCCACCGACCUCAAGGCGGACGUAAUACACCUGGAUGCGUUUAGCUUGGCCAGGCUGCUUGGGACGCAGCUGCAGCAGAACAUCCACAAUGUCCGGGGCUCGGUUUCCAUGCUGGGAUAUGCCGCUUCGGAGAUCAACGGAAGACUUGCCAACAGGGACGAUGCUGACUCGGAUGGCGACGUGGGUGUUCUGCACGUGUCCAUGCCGUCCAAGUUGCGGUCCUUCCUCAGCUCCGGCAAGGACUUUGGAACCUCGCGCUCUGUCGACCCACGCUGGGAAGGACUGAAGAUACAGAACACGCUCAAGGCGAUCGUGAGGGCGGCUGACGCUAAGCGGUUUGCGCAGACGGGCAGUUAUGAGAAGCGUGACCUGAUCAUUCAUCUGCACGACUAUGUAGAAAUCAGUGAACUGCAAGAAAGCUUGAUGACCAGGCUACGGGACAUUGUCGAUGACUGGCACUUCGAGGAGGCCGCGCAGGACGGAAAGAAGAUUGUGCUAGUUGGCUCUUCAUCUAGUGACAUGGAGAAGUCGCAGCAUUGGCGCAAUCAUCUGGUCGAGCUCGGCCGUGAGGGCCAUCAUAUCAUCCCCUUCCACGCCUCCCCGUCUACCGAGUGGAUGGACCGGAAGGAUAACCUCUACGACAACAUCAACAACAUCAAGAGCAUGCUGGAGGCAAGGCUGCUCACUCCAGCUGCUAUUGACUUUGAUGCCCAGAUCAAGUUCCAAGAUGACCAGGUCCUUGUAGACGAAAGAUACACCGACUUGUUCCAGACUUUGUCAAAGCAUGUGUUUGACGUCCAAUGGGUGUACCGGUUGACCUCCCUCUUGCUGGGCAGCCGGUCGCCGCCUCCCAAGAAGUACGGCCUCGGCCACCUCAAAUACGCCCUGGCCUUCAUGAGCGACCGCGACAACCACUGGAAGGGCAUCUACUCGGGCAUCCGUCCUCCUUACUUCUCCCCCCUCUUCCGUCAAAAGGGUGGUGGUUCAAGCAGCAACAUGUUUGACCAGCCCACGCCAGACGGCGGCGACUCACCCACUUCGGGCUUUGCUUCGUCAUGGUCCAACCAAAGCCAGAACAACGGCGACAACAAGGACUACGACCAGCACGAGAAGAAGCUUCUAGCCGGCCUCGUGAACGCCAAGGACAUCCACACCACCUUCGACGACAUCAUCGUCCCCGCCGAGACCAAAGAGUCUCUCAUCGGGCUGACCUCCCUCUCCCUCCAACGGCCCGACGCCUUCGCCUACGGCGUGCUCAAAACCGAGCGCAUCCCCGGCUGUCUACUGUAUGGCCCGCCCGGAACAGGCAAGACCCUCCUCGCCAAGGCCGUGGCCAAGGAGUCCGGCGCCAACAUGCUCGAAGUAUCCGCGGCCUCCAUCAACGAUAUGUGGCUCGGCCAAUCCGAGAAGAACGUGCGCGCCCUUUUUUCCUUAGCCCGCAAGCUGUCACCAAUGGUGAUCUUCCUCGACGAAGCCGACGCCCUGCUGGGCGCCAGACAUAAUAACCCCGGCCGCACCGCCCACCGCGAAACCAUCACGCAGUUCCUGCGCGAGUGGGACGGCCUCUCCGACAUGCGCGCCUUCAUCAUGGUCGCCACCAACCGCCCCUUUGACCUAGACGAGGCCGUGCUCCGCCGCUUACCCCGGAAAAUCCUCGUCGACCUGCCUUUGGUAGCCGAGCGCGCCAAAAUCUUGCGCGUCAUGUUGCGCGAGGAGCAAUUAUCUCCUGACGUCGACCUCGAUGCUUUAGCCAAGGAAACAGAUCUCUACUCAGGCUCUGACCUGAAAAACCUAUGCGUCAGCGCAGCCAUGGAGGCCGUGCGUGAGGAAUGCAGAGCGAAAGAGGCGCAUGAUGCUGCAAACCCCGAUGGUGAUGGUGGUCCACCGUACGAAUUCCCGGAGAAGAGAGUCCUAACCAGGAAACACUUUGAAAAGGGCAUGCGGGAGAUUAGUGCCAGUAUUAGUGAGGAUAUGGAGAGCUUGAAGGCUAUUAGGAAGUUUGAUGAGCAGUAUGGGGAUGCUGGAGGGAAGGCAGCCCGCAAAAAAGGGAGGAGGGGCAUGGGGUUCGAGGUGGCAGGGAUGGGUAAGGGAGGGACGGAGGAGGCGAGGGUUAGGAAGGUUGUUGUUGAUGAGGAUGGACGGGGGAAGAUCGCGGUGUAG